AAAAAAAAAGAAGGCUUUGAGGUGGGGUGAUAAUUCUCAAAUCCCGACCGUCAUUCUUCUCCGAAGUCUCGCCCUAAAUCCCUAACCCUACGGCACCCGAGCCCGAGGGAGGCGUACGAAGACGAUGGCUUCUUUCUUCCCGCCUCCGCUUCUCGUUAUUUGCUUACUGGGAUCGUUGUCCUGCCCGCGCUCGCUCGGCCUCGGGUUUGGUGGACUCCGCCUUCCUCCCGAAACCGACAGCAGCGGCAAGUACCUCACCCAGGACGAGCGCUGGUUCAAGCAGACCCUCGAUCACUUUUCCCCAACUGAUCAUCGCCAGUUCAGGCAGAGGUACUACGAAUUCCGUGAUCAUUUUCAAGCCCCCGAUGGGCCCGUCUUCUUGAAGAUAUGCGGGGAAUCCGCCUGCCCCGGGAUUGCUAACGACUACCUAUCCGUGCUGGCGAAGAAAUUCGGCGCCGCUGUUGUCUCCCUCGAGCAUCGCUAUUACGGGGAAAGCUCUCCCUUUGAAUCCCUGACGACGGAAAACCUGAGGUUUUUAUCCUCGAAGCAGGCGCUCUUUGACCUGGCAGCUUUCCGCCAGUACUAUCAGGAAUUCUUGAAUGCAAAAUACAAUAGGUCAAAAGUUGAAAAUCCCUGGUUUGUUUUUGGAAUUUCCUACUCUGGAGCACUCAGUGCUUGGUUCCGAUUGAAAUUCCCUCAUUUGACAUGUGGGAGUCUUGCAAGCUCUGCAGUUGUUCUUGCUGUUUACAACUUCACCGAAUUUGACAAGCAGGUUGGGGAGUCCGCUGGCGCUGAAUGUAAACCGGUGCUUCAGGAAAUAACUGCACUUGUUGAGGAGCGACUUCUGUCUGAUAGAAAAGCAGUGAAAGAUUUGUUUGGUGCAGCUACGCUUGAGAAUGAUGCGGACUUCUUAUACUUGCUGGCUGAUGCUGCAGCUGAAGCGUUUCAGUAUGGACAUCCGGAUGUUCUGUGCUCCCCACUUGUUGAUGCCAAGAAGACCGGCCAGGACCUAGUGGAAGCAUAUGCUGACUAUGUGAGAAAUUACUAUCUUGGAAGCUUUGGUGUAUCUGUUCAAUCUUAUGACCAGCAGCACUUGAAGAACACAUCUGUAGGUAAAGAGGAUGGUGAUCGAUUAUGGUGGUUCCAAGUUUGCACUGAGGUUGCAUAUUUCCAAGUGGCACCAAAAAAUGACAGUGUCCGCUCUUCAAAGAUUGAUACGAGGUACCAUUUGGAUCUGUGUAAAAAUGUUUUUGGAGAGGGAGUGUACCCCAACGUGUUUAUGACAAACAUAUACUAUGGAGGCACCCAAAUUGCUGGUUCCAGGAUAAUCUUCACUAAUGGUUCACAAGACCCAUGGCGCCAUGCUUCCAAGCAGCAAUCUUCUCCUGACAUGCCUUCUUAUAUUGUUGAUUGCCAUAAUUGUGGACAUGGUAGCGAUUUGAGGGGAUGUCCCCAAUCUCCUUUAAACAUUGAAGGUAAUGGGGAAAACUGUACAUCUGUUGAAGCAUUAGCGAAAGUGAGACAGAAGAUCAUUGAGAAAAUUGACUUAUGGCUUUCAGAAUGCCAAUCAGAACCUGAUGACGACGAGCCUGAUUUCUUUGGAGCGAAAAGGGUGACCUUUGCUAUGUAAAUAUCACUCCCAUCUUGCAAGACAUUUCUGGAUGUAUUUGUUAAUAAUUUCUCCUUUUUACGCUAAGAGUAGUCUGGGAGCUCAAACAUUAAUCAUUAUUCUAUAGGAGAGACAUGAGCCGAGUAAUUUUGUGUUGCAGUCCACCAGUGCAUGUAUAAUCCUGUAUAUGAACACGUCAUGUAUUUUAAGGUAAUAAUUUGCUGAUGAUGCAA